CAUUCGCUUUAUAGUUUGGGAAACGAACUGCUCGGCGAUCUCGUACUCUUCUUUGUCGUCGUCGGACAUUUCCGGUACGCGAUCAGGGUUUUCGAGAUAGUCCUCGAGUGGCGACAUUGAGUGAACCGCUGGCAUGCUUCGCGAUCUUCGGCGUCAAGCAAGUGGCCAAAUGCGGCUCCUAAGCCUUUGAGAACCUUAUUGAGAUCGACUGCCGUAGGUGUUAAAUUACUGGAAGCAGCUGUAUCGGAAAUAUGACGUACGACGUUAAGGUUAGGGAAGUCACCUAAGGAGAGUAACGUUUCGGCGAAUUGCGCGACCGCUGCGUUUGUCGAUGUUGUGACUAUAACUGUUGUGUCUGGUGUCUGCGAGGACAGAGCAGCUAUAAGCGCACCAACUAGAGUUUUACCUGUGCCGUAUGCUGCCUGA